CAGAUUUGACAUCAUUAACUCACUGUGAAUUUAUUCAGGAGGUUUGGGGCCCGAUAGACACAGGCACAUGGAGCAAAGUUGUGUGGCUCAUCUGAUUUUUAUUUUUGAAUUUGUAACUCACAAACUCUCGGGAUGGGGAACAAUUUUUGCCCUGCUGAUGACUUAUCCCCCCUCUCCUCAAUAGCUCGAGAUGUCUGCCCUUUCCCAGACUACACCCCCAGUCCCCUUUUUACCAACAUGCUGUCCAUCAACUCUUCACUUCACCUGAGGGACCACUACACGGCAGUCCAGUCCUCCCUGAACCCCGAACAGCUGGAGGACUUCACCCAGAGCCUGAGGAGAACCUUUGGCAGGGAGGGCAGGGUCUCUUAUGGCGGGGUGGGGGUGGUGGCUCUGUCCCUGGCUUUACUGUUUGACAUCCUGGCUAAAGAGGCAAGAGGAGGAUGGGUGCCAGACUCAGGGCCCAUCCCAGGUUUAUUCUUCAAAGAUCCAAGAGGGUUCUACCCACCACAUGUCUACACGAUCAGCGAGUACCUGAGGCUGGUUCCUCAUAUUGCUAACAACCCUGACAGGAUGAGAGAGGAGACAGAGAGGUACAUGAAGCGGUUAACAGCUGAUGAAGACUCACUGGAGACCUUGAAUGAAAAGGAUCUGCUACUGAUGUAUGAAGACGUCGUUCUACGAAACAGACUUCUGGCUAAAUGGUUUGGAGUCAGUCUGAACAUUCACCUCCUCCGUUUGACAAAUGGCACAGCUAACGAUCUGGUCAAAUGGCCAAAUGGCAAUCAACUGACUGUUCUCACCCACAAUCUCAACUGUGAUCUGGAAACAGCUGACAAGGAACUGAAGGCUCGAGUCGAAAGAUCUGACGACCUCACGCAAGAAGCUUUUAGAAGAUACAUGACCAACGGAAGGCCGUGGCCGCUCCAGGUGGCCGGGCUGGAAUGGGUGAACACCAGGUUUUUUCUGGCGUGUGAAAUUGGAGACAGAGAUCAUGAUACAAAGAUUGCACAAAGGGAAGAUUUUGACCUGAAGGCGAACACACUUGGGAAAUGGAAAGAGUAGUUCACUGGGGUGAUGUAUAAACAUAUACUCAAAGAAAAUGAUGUCCUUAUGCAGCCACUAUAGGAAAAAAAGUCUGCUCUAUGGUUUGAAUGUCUGAUAUUUCUUUUUUGUUUGGCCAUUUCUGAUCAUGUUCUUUGCCUAUUGUGUACUUUCUGUCCUGUCUGCAUGUAAUAAUUGAAGUGUUGAAAUUUGCAGUAUCCUUGUUGUGUUGUUAUUGUGUUCCCCAUGUCAUAGAAACAUACUGUAAUUGUACAGUUUUGGCUGAAUUAAACUUUUGAUAAAUUAAUAAAUAAUACGUUUGAUGGUGAUUUUUUUUCUGUGUUUUGAUACUUAAAGCCUUUGUAAAGAAAAAUAAGACAUAUUGGAAUAAAGUUGCUGUAUACACUAGAAAAAGACUGAGAGAUACAU